UUUUUUUUCCUCUCUCUCUUAAUUCAUCAUCUCCUUUUCUUCCUGUUAGCCUUGUCUACUUAUUCCCAUUAACCUUACUAUUUAGUCUUUAUAUACUCUUAUUCCAAGUAUUCUCUUUUUUUAUUUUGUUUUGAUCUAAUCGUUAUACUGUAUUUUUUUUUUUAAUAUUCAUUUUCAAUAGAUACUUUUCGUUUAAAACAAAAGACCAUUCUCAAUGAAUAACGAUAUAACUGAAAACAUUGAUCUGGACUCUAUUAUCUCAAGGCUACUGGAAGUCCGUGGAAGUCGACCAGGAAAACAAGUACAAUUAUCUGAAGCAGAAAUUCGAUAUCUUUGUGUCAAAGCAAGAGAAAUUUUUGUUAGUCAACCUAUUUUAUUGGAUUUGGAAGCUCCUAUCAAGAUUUGUGGUGAUAUUCAUGGACAAUAUUAUGAUCUUUUAAGGCUUUUUGAAUAUGGUGGAUUCCCUCCUGAUUCCAAUUAUCUUUUCUUGGGUGAUUAUGUAGAUCGUGGUAAACAAUCACUGGAAACUAUUUGUUUAUUAUUGGCUUACAAGAUUAAAUUCCCUGUCAACUUUUUUAUCUUACGUGGUAAUCAUGAAUGUGCAUCUAUCAACCGAAUUUAUGGAUUUUAUGAUGAAUGCAAACGACGAUAUAAUAUCAAGUUAUGGAAAACAUUUACAGAUUGUUUCAAUUGUUUACCUAUUGCAGCUAUUAUCGAUGAAAAGAUCUUUUGUAUGCAUGGUGGUCUUUCUCCUGAUUUACAAAACAUGGAACAAAUUCGAAGAGUGAUGCGUCCUACAGAUGUUCCGGAUACUGGUUUAUUGUGUGAUUUAUUAUGGGCUGAUCCUGAUAAGGAUAUUUCUGGAUGGAAUGAAAACGAUCGUGGUGUAUCAUUUACUUUUGGAUCAGAUAUUGUGAACAAAUUCUUACAGAAGCAUGAUUUGGACUUGAUAUGUCGUGCACAUCAAGUAGUGGAAGAUGGUUAUGAAUUCUUUGCAAAACGACAAUUAGUCACUUUAUUCUCGGCUCCCAAUUACUGUGGCGAAUUCGACAAUGCUGGUGCUAUGAUGAGUGUGGAUGAAUCUUUACUCUGUUCAUUCCAGAUUCUGAAGCCUGCGGAAAAGAGGUCAAAAAAUGCUUAUAAUGGUCGUGGACGAGGAAAGAAGAAUGGAAAAUGAUAUAGUUUAGUAGUAGGAUAGUGAUGAUGAUGAUGAUAUUUGCAUGAAUUGUAUGAAUAAAGAAAAAUGAUACGUAUCUUU